UAUGACCUCAUUUACCAGCACUGUCCACUGUGUACGUCAGCUGUCAAAGCGAAUUUUCACGGCUUAUUGUGUUUUUUACCUUUCUUUUUAUAGUUUUCUAAGGAUAAAGUUUGUUCAAUAGUCUAUGUUUAUUUGAAUUAAUGUACUUAAAUGCGGUAUGCAUGCAGUGCAUUGAGUGUCGUUUUGUGCAAGAGCUGAAUAUACUAACAAAUAACAAUGUCGUUUGUGGGCGGGGGUGGGGGCCAAGAUGUGCACAAGUUUGUGGAGGCGCUGCAGGCCGAUUUCAAGACGCUCUCACUUGAAACCAAGAAGAAGUAUCCUCAAAUAAAAGAGGCAUGCGAGGAGGCUAUUUCGAAGCUCUGCACUGCUGGCAGCAGCCAGCAAAACUCUGUCUACUACACCGUCAACCAGAUACUCUAUCCUCUGGUGCAGGGCUGCGAAACCAAGGAUUUGAAAAUCAUCAAGUUCUGUUUGGGCAUGAUGCAACGUCUGAUUACCCAGCAAGUGGUCGAUCAAAAGGGUGCCCUCUACAUAACCAACGCUCUGUGGACCCUCAUGGAGAACAACAUUGAGGAGGUGAAGGUGCUGCAGACAGUGACUCUUUUGCUGACGACUAACACAGUUGUCCAUGGCGAUACGCUGGCCAAGGCCUUGGUUCUGUGCUUUCGCCUGCACUACACCAAAAACCCCACAAUUGUAAACACGGCAGGGGCCACCAUACGUCAGCUGGUGUCGCUUGUGUUUGAGCGUGUCUACUUGGAGAAGGAUUCAGUGCCUAGCCUGCAGCAGCAACAACAGCAGCCGAGCAGCUCGAGCAACAGUCCUGUAGAGGUGGACGGCGCCACAGCCGGGCAAGAUGUGCAGACCUUUGCCUCUGAUGCAUUUCUGCUAUUCCAGGAUCUAGUGCAACUGGUGAAUGCUGAACAGCCCUAUUGGCUCGUUGGCAUGACCGAAAUGACGCGCACCUUUGGCCUAGAACUGCUGGAGGCAGUCCUCACAAACUUUAGUGCGGUGUUCCACGAGAGCAACGACUUCCGUUUGCUGCUCAAAGAGCGCGUCUGUGCCUUGGUCAUAAAACUCUUCUCCCCGAAUGUCAAACAUCGCCAGCUGCCGGCUCCCAAUAAUGGAACCGCACCAGUGCCUGCAGAGAAACCCUAUUUUCCCAUCAGCAUGCGACUGCUGCGUCUGGUGUCCAUUCUAAUACAGAAAUACCAUACAAUAUUGGUGACCGAAUGCGAGAUCUUCCUGUCGCUGAUCAUCAAGUUUCUGGAUCCAGACAAACCAGCCUGGCAGCGCGCCCUGGCUGUGGAGGUCAUACACAAGCUGGUCACACGCUCCUCGCUGAUUGCCUUCUUCUGCAAGUCGUACGACCUGAAGAACCAUGCCACAAACAUUGUGCAUGAUAUGAUUGCGGCCAUGGGUAGCUUUGUGCGAUAUUCUCUGAUAAAUGCCUCCGUCAUGCUGAACGGCCAACAGAAUGGAGGAGUUCUGGCUCAGCCCACCAAUGCGCUGUCCACCCUAUCUGGGAAUAAUCAAUGCGGAUUCUCUUUCCGCGGUGCCUAUCUCCCACUGGUCGCCACAUAUGCCCCUGGCGUUUCCAAGGCUGUAUACCUGGAAAUGCUGGAUAAGCUGGAUGCUCCGAAUAUACCCGACAGCUAUGGCAUCUCUGUGGGACACGCCAUACUCCUAGACAUGACCCGUUCCAUUGGCGGGGUAAUACAGCGCACACCGGAGCUCCAUCCCACCCAUAAUACGGCUGUCAUAACGGAGGAGGAGCACCAGCCGCUGUGCCUGCAGCUGGUCAAUUCUAGCUGGUCGGGUCUGCUCAGCGCGUUCAUUCCAUUGGUGGAGACAUCGAUGGACGAGGCCACCACCGAGAACAUACUGAAGGCCAUGCAGAACUAUGCGGCUUUGUGUGGCAUGCUGGAGCAGCUGCAGCCCCGCGAUGCCUUCAUUAUGGCCAUGUGUCGGGCCUCGUUUCCCCCGCACUAUGCCAUGUCCAUAUUUGCCAAUGCCACGCAAUCUGACGGCGAUGUGAGAUGUCACACACGGAGUGGCAGCCAGGAUCUGAGCAGUCAGUUCAUCAACAGCUGUACGCCCGACGACUUUCGGCCUCAGAUUGUGGCCGUGGGCACGCCCCUGCCGUCGGCGUCGCUGCCACACAGCGUUAUGCAGGCGCCCGUAAUGCUAACCAACAAGAAUCUGCAGUGUAUGCGUGCCAUACUCUUUCUGGCGCACAACAAUGGCGGGAUACUGGGCACAUCCUGGCAUAUGGUGUUGCAAACGCUACAGCAUCUAGUGUGGAUACUGGGUCUGAAACCCUCAACGGGUGGCAGUCUCCAGGCCAUGCCAAAGCCAGCCGUUGAGGCGAAUGUGGGCAUUCAAACGGCCGUGAUGGCGGAUCUCCCAGUGCUGUCACAAAUGCUGAGCCAAUUGUUUGAGUCCAGCCAAUAUCUGGACGAUGUGGCGCUGCAUCAUCUGAUUGAUGCUUUGUGCAAGCUCUCACACGAGGCCAUGGAACUGGCCUACGCCAAUCGAGAGCCAUCGCUGUUUGCGGUGGCCAAACUACUGGAAACGGGCCUCGUGAACAUGCCCAGAAUCAAUGUGCUGUGGCGUCCGCUAACCAAUCAUUUGCUGGAGGUAUGCCAGCAUCGGCAUAUACGCAUGCGGGAGUGGGGUGUGGAGGCCAUCACUUAUCUCGUGAAGUCUGCUCUACAAUUCAAGCACAAAACGCCGCUCAAGGAGAACAUGGAACUGCAAACCAUGCUGCUGAGUCCUCUCUCUGAGCUGUCCACUGUCCUGCAUGCGGAUGUGAGGCAACGCCAGCUGGAUUGUGUCCUCCAAAUACUAAACACGGCCGGGGAGAUACUCUCCUUUGGCUGGCCGGCCAUUAUUGAGAUAAUUGGGGCUGUGAAUGAACAUCAUGGCGAGCCAUUAAUACGCACCGCCUUCCAAUGCCUGCAGCUAGUCAUCACCGACUUCUUGACGGUCAUGCCGUGGCGUUGUCUGCCCCUCUGCAUCAGCACGGCUGCUAAGUUUGGUUCCCAAACGCAGGAACUUAACAUCUCGCUAACGGCGAUUGGUUUGAUGUGGAACAUUUCGGAUUUCUUUAAUCAAAAUCAGGACAAACUGAUGUCCACACAGCUGCAGGAUGUGGCCAUAUUGCCAGAGUUUCCGGGCACCGUGAAGAUGCCACAAUUCGACAAGCUCUGGAUGUGUCUGUAUGCCAAAUUGGGAGAGCUGUGCGUAGAUCUGCGUCCGGCUGUCCGUAAAUCGGCCGGCCAGACACUCUUCUCCACCAUCUCGGCCCACGGCAGCCUGUUGAAUCCGCCCACCUGGCAGGCUCUGGUCUGGCAAGUGCUAUUCCCCCUGCUCGACAACGUCCGGGCCUUGAGCAGCUCGGCCAGCAAUGAGAAGGUGGAUGCCAGUGGCAAUAUUCUCAUACAUCAUUCGAGGAACACCGCUCAGAAGCAAUGGGCCGAGACGCAGGUCCUGACGUUGUCGGGGGUCUGUCGGGUGUUCAACACCAAACGAGAGCUCCUCCAAAUGCUCGGGGACUUUGAGCGUGCCUGGUCUUUGAUCCUGGAGUUCAUACAAAAUGCAGCGCUGAGCAAGAAUGGGGAGGUGUCGCUGGCCGCACUCAAAUCUCUGCAGGAAAUCAUGUACCACAAUACCACAACAGAGCGAACGGUGGGAGGAGUAGGAGGAGCAUCCCUUAAGGAUCCCCAAACGGCGCAAGAGCAGGACGAGGAGAUCUGGACUUAUUUGAAAAGUAUCGAGAAGCAGUUCUCCACUUUCCGUGUCAAUCACAUGGAGCUCUUUUUUAUUGCCUGGAAUAUUUGGCUCAGCAUCGGCAUGGAGAGCACCAAAAUGUCCACAACGAAGGCACAGCCACAGCCCAGCAGCAAUGGGGGUAGCAAUGGCAGCCAGGAUAGCCAGGAGGACUUUUACAUUCCCAGUCAGGCUUUUCUGACGGCCCUCAUACAAAUCUUUCCCGCCAUCUUUCACCACAUUCAAGUCAAAUUCAGCCCCACGGACUUUGACAAAUUCUGCACGGUGCUGACGAAUGCGGUGUGCAUUCCCGUCCAGACCGAUGCUGUUCCCUACAUCAUGUCCACUGUGUCCGAUACGCUGCUGACGCCCCUGCAUGAUGGCAUACUCGAUUGCAUGGAGCUGAUACAAAAGGAAGCCACAAAGCCAGAUUCCCACAUCAGCCAGCUCAUACCCGCCAUUUUUCGCCAGCUGUUGAUCUUCAGCAAGUUCGCCUGUGCCCCGCCCACAUUCCAGCAGAAUGUGGAGCACAAGUAUGCCAAGUCCACGUCGGGACACUAUGCCAACAAUGCAUCCGUUGAGGUGGUGGGAAUGAACUACAUACCGUUCGGUGAGAAGUCAAUCAGUAUUUGUGUGAAGCUGUACCAGACGACGGCCACAGAGGAGUCGGUGGUGCAGGAGCAGAUCCUGCACGACAUUGUCAAGGCUGUGCGCACACCGCUGGCCAUGAAGUACAAGUGCCUGUCAUCUAGCACUUGGAAGCUGGCCAUCUCGAGUCUCAUCAGUGUCCUCCACACGGGCCUGAAGGUGGCCCGGGCCAAGCCUCAGCAUUUCGCCAGCCUUUGGGACGACUUGGCCGAUACGCUGGAUAAGUUUCUGUUCCCCGCCAGCGUGUGCACCAUCGAGGAUCGUGGCUUGGAGGAGAUUGUGCUUGACGAGACCAUCGAUUGUCAUGUGAUUGAGUUGCUGCGGGACGAGGUGCUGCCGCAUGCCCACGAGAUGCCGCAUCAGUUCAUUAUGCAAAUUGUGGUACUGCUCAACAAGGGCUCCAUACACUCGGCCUCGGACACGAAUAUUUGCUACGAGUCGGACUGGAAACUGCGCGAGAUAUUUGCAAAGACCUGCUUUGAGACCUUGCUGCAGUUCUCGCUGUUGGAAGAUCAUCAUGCCACCAACAACAAUCGGAUUAAUGCCAAUCUGUUGCCAGCGGGUGCCGCAGGAGCGGUUGGCAAGGACUUUGCCGGACGAUUGGCGGUCACCGCCUUGCUGCAUCGCUUCCAGGAAGUGCUCAAGCGGUUCAAUGAUGAUGAGCGCCAAAGCGGCAAGUGUCCUUUGCCUAGAUUCCGGCUGUCGGAGAUAUCGUUUGUGCUCAAAGCCAUUGCCACGCUGGUGGUGUCCAUGAAGAAAGCCCCAGCCUCAAAGGUAAACAAGCCGGCAUGGGAUCAAUUGAUUGGACUGUAUCCGUAUCUGGUGGAUUGCACCACCACCACAUCGCCGGAGGUGUCACGAUCCCUGCGCGAGGCCCUGCUGCAGUACACAGAUCUACUGCAGGCGCCGCGCCUUUGCGGAGCCACCACCAACGACAAUUCUAUACAAUCGAAUGGACAAGAGUGAAAGUAUGCCUAGACACAGAUAGAUAGAUAGAGUUACCUAGAUAACCGGAACCAGGAGAAGCUCUGCGAUGUUUUGUUUUAGUUUUUAAGUGCGAAGCGUUUGAAUAUAUAUAUAUUUAUUUUGUGCAUAAUUUAUAAAUGUUAAACCUAACCCUCCCCCGCAUAGAUGUACUUCUUCUAAUCAUCUAUGUUCAAUACUUACAUACCUUUACCUUUACAUCUUACGAGUAUAUAUAUACCUAUAUAUUUGUAAAAGUAUUUUGUAGUUGAGCUAUGAACUAUGUAUGUAUGUACCUCCAUCCUACUUGGUGAUGAUGGGACGGAGGGCAAUUAACCAAGAUAAAGAACCCUUUUAAGGCGGCUUGGCAAAGGGCAGAAAAACAGCAGAUUCCUUUAGUACCUUUUCGAGACGCAAAGACAAAGAACUAUACCUAGCUAUAGCAAUCUACAUACAAUAUUAUACACACACACACAACUAUGAUCUAUUUGUGUAGCGCAUUUUAAAGUACAGACUUGCGUGUUAUCUGAAUCAAAUAUUAACCAUUUAAUCAUGAUGCAACCAAGUAAACUUUGUAGUGACGUUUUUAAAUAAAGCAAAAAUUAUUACCAACCGA